UUGUUGACAGCAGUCUCCUGGAUUCCACAAACUGUUUCUAAUACAGACUCUAGGAUCCUGUUGCUGUCUGAUUUGGUGUUCUGUAUUUAGUUCACUGGGAGCAGUCUUCUGGAUUGAAUGCAUUCUCUUCAGUUAAUAUUCUUACAGCAUUCACAAGACGUAUAGAACUGACCUCAGUUGUGACCACAGAAGCUAUGUCACAGGGGUGGCAUACUGAGAACGCCUGGUACAGUAAUCCAGCAGUGGACACUAUUUACCCUGGAGUACACAUCAUUCCUGCAGCGGUUUCUCCUUCACCUACAAUAAUCCAACAAAUUCCAGGACCUUACACAUCUCUGUCCCAUCCAAUCAGACCUGGGAGCGCCAAAGAAGAUUUAAUUGAGCUAAUGAUGAUUCAGAAUGCCCAGAUGCAUCAGGUGAUAAUGAGUAAUAUGACUAUGUCUGCAAUGUCCAGUUUUGGAUAUGGACCACCUCCCCAGAAACCCCCAUGGUGCCCCUGUGUGGUGCCCGUGCAGCUAGAAGAGGAGGAGCCGCAGGUGUAUCACCAUCAUUAUGACCCAUAUCCUGUACAAUACCCAACAUAUCCUGUCUAUCCAGCAUUUCAGUCACAGCCACAGAUUCUACACAGGGAACCAACUGUCAGACAUGUAAACUUGGAUGUUCUGCCAAACUCUACAGCACACAGCGACCAACGGGCAGUGCCACCUCCUCCUCCUCUGAGUGCCACUGGCACAGUGGGUGCAGAUGUACCUCCAGCUUCAGAAUAUUAUGAUCUGGCUGAUGGCAGAAUGUAACAGGAUGCCACACUUCUCAGGGCUUUACAGAAUCUCUGGUGUCUGAUACAUUUAUGAGGCCCACUCAGGAGAAAAUAUUAAUUUAAACAGAGAGAGCAUAAGGUUAUGCUUUUUGAUGCUCAUAGUUAGUUUAUACCAUAGUUUAAACUAUAUCUUACUAGUGUUUCUCUACUAAUUUCCACGUUUUUGGAGAUUAUUUGUGGAGCUGCCUUACUCGACUUGUUAGUAAAAAAAUAAAUAAAUAAUGAAAUGUUUUAAUAAAAAUCUACAAGUAGAAUAAAAGCAUAAUGUGUUAA